AUGACUCGCCUUAUCUAUGCCUCGACGGGGGCGAACCGCGCGUCGAACAUAGCAGACUCAGGCGUUGUGUUGCUCUCAGGGUCGUCGGCAAGCUCACAGCAUCGCUCGUCAGCAUCGAUCUCGACAGCGGAAGAUCAAAAGACUGUUCUCACGGUGCCAGUACUGGCAUAUGCUACACACAAGUCCGUUGUCUUCUGGGAAGAUCCGCAAGGCUCCGCAUCGGAAGGGAUCACGUCGAUUCUGCACGCUGGCGAUGCCCCAAUCACCGCGCUCCGCUUUUUGCUGCAGACGGCACCGCAGGGUAGCUCAGCAGUGUACGCAGGCGUCAUCUCAGCGCUCGCCAUCGGCUGCACAGAUGGAACAGUCAGCGUCUUCCGGCCUCACCGAGCGUCAGGUGCUGCAGCUGGUAAACGGAGAGAGGCACGGCUUACCUGGAAACGCAGCGCAAGAUGGAAGAAGCUGCAUUCUGGCUCCAUUUCGACCAUCGGCACUGUCAAACCUACACCUGGAUUCCAGGUGUCACCUUUUCUUUCCGAGCAAUUGCUGGUCACCGGCGGCUCCGAUGGAAAAUUACGGAUUUGCAGGAUGCAAGCCGGCGAGAUGGAUGACGCUACCAUCGAGGAACCUGCGGUGUUAGAUCUGGCGGGUGCUUUCCCACUGUCGGCAGCGCUUUGCGUCAUUCCUGGAUCUGGGCGUCUGAUCCUUGCCGUUGGCAUCACCAAGGCCAAGGUCAUGAUUUUUGCCCAAACACAUAAUGCAACAACCUUUGAGCGGGUGGCCAUGCUUGAUGGCCAUGACGACUGGGUGCGCUCACUCGACAUGUGCAGCACUGCGCCGGAUCAGUCCUCGGAUGUGCGAGUAGAGAUCAUGAUUGCAACGGCUUCGCAAGACAGCUGUAUCAGACUUUGGCGUGUCAAAGAACAGCAGCAGAGAACAUGGACGGCGCCAAAAGACGCCUUCGAGACGUUGGCUUCCAAGCUAGAAGAGGACAAAGCGGAUGAUCGAGGCGUAUCAACCAAAGCGCACCCAUUCAGCCUGUCUGAGCUGCAUGGUACGGACAAGCAUUUCUCCAUUGCGUUUGAUGCCUUGCUUGUCGGGCACGACGGAUGGGUCAAUGAUGUUCGAUGGGCCAUGCCCACCCUCCACGCCCAGCCUGCAGCCCUCCUCUCAGCUGGCGCCGAUGGCAGCUCGAUCCUCUGGGCGCCUUCCCCAUCAGGAAAUGCUACAAUGAAAUCAUUAAGCGAUAAAAAAUCGCACCAUGACCGGCAGCUUCGCACUUUUGCACAUCCAGAUACAUUGGCCGACUCGGCACUUUGGCUGCCGUCUGCGAGGUUCGGGGAAGUCGGCGGCGUCGCGACGGGCGGUUUCUACGGUUCCUGUUGGCUUCCACGGAGCGGAGAUGGAGACUCUGCCCUAUCCAUGAUGGCCCAUGCAUGGAACGGCGCAACACACCUCUUCAGAAGCGAAUCUGCAGAUGCCAAGUGGACUGCUAUGCCAUCGAUCGGGGGACACCUUGGAGCAGUGAAAGGCGUCGCCUGGGAGCCUCAAGGGACGUGGUUCCUCAGUGCUGGACUAGAUCGAACCACCCGCUUGCAUGGGCAGUCCAAACGUGGUAAAUUUCGGUCAUGUUGGUACGAGCUCGCAAGACCUCAGACACACGGGUACAGCCUAAGCUCCGUCGCAUGGCUUGAUCGCCUGUCCUUUGCAAGCGCGGCCGACGAGAAGAUCGUCCGCAUCUUUGAGGCGCCUCGAGGAUUCGUAGAGACAGUCAAAAACCUCGGAGCAGACCAGCCAGAUGCAGGAAGUGAUCCAGCCGAGAUAGCUGUUGUGCUACAACUACCUGGGCUGCAGGAGCUACUGCAUCCGGAUGCUUUGCAAAAGCCCCUGCACGAAGUGGCUCAGGUGCUACAAUCGAGGCAACGAUUGACGGUCCUGGUUGUAUCGUCUCUCUUUGACAGUUUUACGGAGAAAACAGGUCCUGCACCAGAGUUAGGAUUCAAAACGAUCGAGAGGUUUCUUAAGUGGACAUAUGCUCAAGUUUGGAGCGUGGCAGUCAAACGGGAUGUAUUGGAUGUGGACAUUGAUGUCCUACCGCUCCCAGCAACCAAUGCAGAGCAGAUCGGAAAACUGCUGGGCAGUGCGAGGCAGAUCUUUUCCGUGGCAGACUAUGAAUUUGAGGUUGGAGCUCAAACAGCGGUCGAAGUUACACUCUUAAAGCCUGGCCCCAAGCCUCAGGCACAAGAACGUCAUAUAUCACCCGACGAUGGAUUUCCUCGACAUCAUGCUAUUGCCCUUGGAGGCACAUUCGACCAUUUGCACGUCGGUCAUAAGAUUCUAUUAAGCAUGGCAUGCCUCAUCUGCACCAAGCGCAUCGUAGUUGGCGUCACCACUGACGUGAUGCUGAAAAAGAAAUCGAACGCUCACCUGUUAGAGGGACUUCCCGAGCGGAUUGACCGCGUGGAUACGUUCAUCAGGCGGUUCCGCAGCUGCUUUUUCCCCAUCAAGCAGGAUGUUGUCGAGCUCGCGGACGUCUGUGGCCCAGCUGGGACCGAUGCCGAUUUGAACGCUCUGCUCGUCACAGAUGAGACAAUCGCAGGGGCGAACAUGGUCGCCGACGAGAGGAAGAAGAAUGGCCUCCAGCCACUAGAACGAUACGUGAUCGGCGUCAUCGGAGCUGCAGGAGAGACCGUUGUUCACGGCAAGGAUGCGGCGGAAUUUGCAGCAAGCAAGGUGGGCAGCACAGCUAUCCGAAAAUGGCUUACCUCCAAGGGUCAACAGGCAGGUGCGCAUCCGCUGAGUGCUUCUGAACGACCCAUUGGGGCUAGCGUACCUCCCCUCGGCCUUUCAAACCGUGCCGUCUACGAAGGACGAAAUAUCGAGGAACAACCCAGCCAGAGUGGCCAGCCGCUGGGAAAAGCAUCGAACUCAGUUGCUACGGCGCAGAUCCGCCCGCCAACAGAAGCGGAGCUCGUCGUAACCACUUUGUGGCCCGAGUUGGACAAGCUGUAUGGACAUGGAUACGAGAUGCUCAGUGUUGCUGCCUCACCCGAUGGACGCUUUUGCGCCAGUUCCUGCAAGUCGACAUCGCCAGAGCAUGCGGUCAUUCGUCUGCACGACCGAAACAAGGGCUGGAAGGAAGUCAGUGUGCUUGCGGGCCAUACACUCAGCAUCACACGGAUCCGAUUCUCCCCCAGUGGCCAAUACCUGCUCUCUGUCAGCCGCGACAGGAGCUGGAGGCUGUACCAGUGGAGCACGAGCAGUGAUCAAUACGAACCCGCUGCAGUCCUGGAGAAGGCCCACGCUAGGAUUUUAUGGGACUGCGCCUGGCUUCCAGGCGGAGAUGCCUUCGUCACGGCAUCAAGGGACAAGUCAGUGAAGAUAUGGGCCAUCAAAGCUUCGACUUCCGGUCCUGUUCAAGUCAGUCUUGAAGCAACACAAACGAUGCUUGGACCCGCAACCGCGAUCGCAGUGGCGACAGACAACACGAUUGCUACCGGCCUCGAGAACGGCCAAGUCCAUCUUUUAGUCAAGGGUGCCGACGGUACGUGGAGAACAAAGACCAGCUUUUCAGCGCACACCGAGGCUGUCUCCGAAAUGUGCUUCAGGCCAGGCCAUCCAACCCAGCUGCUAUCCGCAGGCGAAGAUGGACUGGUUCAACUAAUAGAACUCGAUGAGUGA